AUGACGAAAUCCUCAGCAAUUUUCUUCUUGGUGUUAUUGUUCUUUAUCGUAGCUAAUGCAUAUGAUAUUAAAGUAUUUUCCCCCGGACCGGGACCUUGGAAAUUGAAAUCAACACAAGCUGUUUCAUGGGAUACACAUAUUUAUGAUGGCCCACAACCUGGCCAAGGUUCAUUGGUAAAAAUAACUGUUGUAAAUACUGACACUUCCAAACCCGCAAAAGAAUUAGGAGUGGUUCCAUUUUUUUCCGAUCCUACGUUACAAUACUUUUUACUUGAUCCCAAGUGGGCCAAACCUGGUAUUAACUAUAAACCAUAUUUGCAAAUUAUCAAUGGACCUUACAAUGGAACAACUCCAGUUCCUUUUACUGUUUAUAAAUAA